AUGGUCGAGACUCCUGAGCAAGCUGGCUUCCUUGUCGAGAUGGUCCUACCAGCUUCGCAUGUUGCCUUGGUGACUAGCCCUGCAAGUCUCCGGCGGGCUGCAAAAGCCACGCGGAGGGGUAAAUUUGAUGUGAUUUUGAGCACUGCACACGGGGACUUUCUAGAAUCCUCUCUCCGGGUGCUAGCGCCUCUCGGUCAUCUCAUAGAUAUUGGGCGAGCUGGUGUACAAAAUACUGGGGGCAGUGAUCCGCAGCUGCUCUCAAAGAAUGUUUCAUACUGCCCAGUCGAUCCUUCCAUCAUUCCCGAUUCGGAUUCUCUAUUGGUUACCAGCCUCAUGCACAAAGUCCAUGAGUACUAUCUCAAUGGCCUCAUCGGGCCUAUUCCUCGAAUUACUACAACUGAUGUACCUGAGAUAUCCCAUGUUUUGGGUAACAUUUCCAACAUGGUUGGCAAGCAGAUACUAACUUUUGCAGAGAAGAGUCAAUUCAGAACAGUCCCUUCGGCACCAACCGUCCAAUUCAACCCCGAGGCCUGUUAUGUCAUUACUGGAGCCUUAGGAGGAUCAGGGCAAUGCCUAGUCAGAUGGAUGGCUGAUCGGGGUGCAAGACAUUUGGCACUCCUUUCUAGGCGGGAUAUUACCACCGUUCCCACCGCUCAAAAAUUCGUUGAAUCAUUGUCUCGUCGUGAUAUUCACAUUGACUCUGUUGUGUGUGACAUCAACAUGGAGCAGCUUUCAGGCGUGAUCCAACAACUCGCUUCGGCUCGACCGAUCAAGGGGAUUGUACAUGCAGCUGUCUGUUAUCUGGACCUGAGCUUCGACAAGCUUUCAUCUUUGCGAUGGAACAGUGGCCUGUCAGCCAAGGUACAAGGAACCAAAAACCUGCACAACGUCACCCUAUCGAUGCCACUUGACUUCUUUGUCAUGACCACCUCGGCACUGUCAGUCUAUGCAUUUGCAAUGCAGGGUGCAUACACCGCAGCAAACAAUUUCCAGGAUGCAUUUGCACGAUACCGCCAGCGACUAAGGUUGCCAGCAUCGACAGCCUCCUUCAGUUUGGUCCAUGAGGCUACAAAUGUUGGCACAGAUGCCAUCACCGUGGAUCUCUUCGAGCGCAACAAGACACUGACGCUAAAUGAAUCACAGUUUUGA